AUGCCACACUUAUCUGGUGUCAGUAAACGGCCAUCGCUGGUCAAUUUUCCUAUUCCGUUCGACCAUCCUUACACCGUACCGACAUUACUGUUGACCGUGUCCGUGUCCGCCUGUCUGUACUAUUAUCUGCAAGCAUCCCACGCAUCCGAUCUUAUUGAAGCUGUUCGACUUCGAGAUGUAUCCAAACGACGCCACUUGAAGCGCCACCAAGACAGAUAUGCAAGCCUCAAGGUGGAGCGACAAUACGUGAACCCGUUUACAGAAUGGAAACAGGUCACAUGGUGGGAAACAGCACUGCACUGGUUGCGACGUUGCAAAAAUAAAAAUGACUUGUCCGCAUGCGGGAGUGAGGAACAUGACCUCCCGUCGGUGCAAAAGCCAGCCUUUGAGAAUUCAUCUGGUCGUAGGCAAUCGACGUGCUUAAUCACCAUCGAAGGAUUGACCAUCCUGACGGACCCUGUCUUUGGCGACCGUACCGUCGAUCGGUUUUAUGGGUAUCCUCGAUUACGACCGUUGCCAUGCUCGCUGGAAGAAAUUCGAUCCAAGCUCGAUGUCAUUUUAAUUUCGCACGAUCAUUUUGACCAUUUAGAUGAACAGGUUGUUAAGCAAUUGGGCGAUACCGUGACAUGGUAUAUUCCGUUAGGCCUCGCAGGCUGGUUCCGCAAACGAGGCGUAGAGAAUGUGGUUGAGUUGGAUUGGUGGCAAGAAAUUCAUCACAAGGAACGACCUGAGAUUGCAUUUGCUUGCGUGCCGGCAAUGCAUGAAAGUGGGCUGCGUACCUUUUUCGACCGAAAUCGUGCUCUGUGUGGUGAUACAGGAUUUGUGCCUGAACUUUUCCAGGCCAUUGGCAAGGCGUAUGCACCAUUUAUCCUUGCGGCAAUACCCAUUGGCAAUUCAACGUCAGACGAGGCGAUAAAGCAUAUGCAUAUGACGCCAGCCGAAGCAGUACAAGCCCAUCAUCUCCUGGGGCGACCUCAUCUGUCUAUAGGUAUUCAUUGGGGCACUUUUUUGACAUGCACUAGAAACGAGCAUAGAAACACUGCAAGAGAAUUAGCCACCGCCGCCCAGAAUGAUGAGCACAGUCGUUUUAUCACCACUGAUCUCGGAGAAACGGUUACUUUGGAUUAA